ACCUCCAUCGCCUAAACUCUGCCUCUCUCUCUCUGCAGCGAACAUCAACUUCUGCAGAUUACUUCGCUUAUUUUCUCUUCAUGAUUGCGGAAUCGGAUUGCGAAGCUCGAAAUUGUUUUUGUUGAUCCAUCGGUUGAUAAAUGGCCGGAGGAGGAGGCGGUCACGAUGUUGAAGAAGGUCCCAGAGAGCUCGAUCAAACCCCGACGUGGGCUGUCUCCACCGUUUGCGGCGUCAUCAUCUUGAUCUCCAUCGUCUUGGAAAUGUUCAUCCACAAAAUUGGAGAGUUCUUCGACAAAAGAAAGAAGAAAGCCUUACUCGAAGCUCUUCUGAAGAUAAAAAACGAGCUUAUGGUUUUGGGAUUCAUCUCUCUGCUUUUGACGUUUGGGCAAAACUACAUCGCGACGAUUUGUGUGCCGUCGAGAUUUGGGCAAGCAAUGUCAUUCUGCGGUCCAUACGAUGGUUCAGAUAUGGGGUCGAGAAAGACAGUUCACCAUAAACACUCAUCGCAUAAGUCUCACCAUGAAAGACGCCUUCUCUCCCUUGAGCGUAGGAUUUUAGCUAACUUUUCUGCAGCGGAUUGCGACGAGGGAUACGUGGCGCUUAUUUCUCUCAACGCCUUGCAUCAGAUUCAUAUCUUCAUUUUCUUUUUGGCUGUGUUUCAUGUGAUAUACAGUGCCAUAACCAUGAUGCUUGGGAGAGCAAAGAUUCGCGAAUGGAAGGUGUGGGAGCAAGAUAUCAUGACCGAACAAGAACUGAUGAAUGACCCUUCAAGGUUUAGGCUCACACACGAGACGUCGUUUGUCCGAGAGCAUGUCAAUCCUUGGACGAGGAAUAGAUUCUCCUUCUACAUUAUCUGUUUCUUGCGACAGAUGCUAAGGUCUGUCAGGAAAUCUGACUAUUUAACAAUGCGACAUGGGUUCAUUAGUGUUCAUUUGUCACCCGGCAUGAAGUUUAAUUUCCAAAAAUACAUCAAAAGGUCUUUGGAAGACGACUUCAAGGUAGUCGUAGGAAUAAGCCCGCCUUUAUGGGCUUUCGUGAUGCUCUUUUUACUCUUCGAUGUUCACGGGUGGUACAUUACAGCAGUUAUCACCAUGGUUCCUCCAACUUUAACAUUAGCAAUCGGAACCAAGCUUCAAGCAAUCAUAUCAGACAUGGCGUUAGAGAUUCAGGAGAGACAUGCCGUGAUCCAAGGAAUGCCUCUUGUCAGUGUCUCGGACAGCCACUUCUGGUUUGGUCAACCGGCCCUAAUCCUUCACAUGAUCCAUUUCGUGCUCUUUCAGAAUGCCUUCGAGAUUACGUACUUCUUCUGGAUAUGGUAUGAGUUUGGCUUAAGAUCGUGUUUUCAUCACCAUUUCGCUCUUAUUAUUGUCCGAGUCUGUCUUGGUGUCGGAGUUCAAUUCCUCUGCAGUUACAUUACACUUCCCCUGUACGCCCUUGUUACUCAGAUGGGGUCGACGAUGAAGAGAUCGGUGUUCGACCACCAAACAUCAAAGGCAUUAAAGCAAUGGCACAAGAAGGCAAAGAGAAAGAGCGAGAAAUCAGGACAACUCAACAGCUUUCCAAGUAGAAACUUAGGUGGUCAAAAUUUUCCGGCCGAUGAAACCGGUCUCCGGCCAUAUUCUGUCAGAGAUAUCGAGUCUGCUCCGACAAACGUCACCGCUGGUGGAGACGAGAAUGGUCGAACCGGUGAUCGCUUAACCAGACCCUGAACCGGUUAAUACAAUCUCUCUCUCUCUCCCGGUCUCAAAUUUUGGUAUUCAUACAGGCGCACUAUAUUGUUUAUAUAUGUCUACGCGUGCAUAGGUUGAUUGGCUUGCUGAAUUAUUGUUGUACAUCACAUGUACUGUGUUGUAGUAGGUUUUAGUUAUGUAAUUACUAGUGUGAAGAUUUUGUAACACAAAUAACCAUUUUAACAAAUGAUUAUUUAGUGAUC